UGUCGUUAUCUGUGAAGUAUUUUACGCCUAUGAUACAGUUUUGUGUUAUGUUAUAAAAAUAAAUAUAUGACGAAAGGUAGAAUAAUAUUUUGUCAUAAAUUCCGAAUAGGCGUUGAAAACAUUUUAUUUUGCAAAAAAAAUUAAACAAUAAUGACAGUAAUCAGGGAGAAACAGAAUUAUAAUUAUCCAAAAGCAAAUUCAAAUGCAGUAUCAGACACCGAAUCCUUGCAUCUGGGAAGUGUAUCAGCAAGUGACACCGAAUCUUUAAAUGAUGAGCCUCACUCUACAAAUCAGCUCCGUGUGUAUCGACCCCCAUUUAGAAUAUCCCAUUUGGAGGAAUUGGUUAACAUUAAAAAGGGUUCUGGUAAAAAAAAAUUACGUCGAUAUCAAAAUAGAUCUGUAUUGCAAACAUUAAACGAGGAAGAUGAAAAUGAAAAUUUUAUUGUCAUAAUGGAGUCGUACAAAAGUCCAUUUGCGAGACUGUUGGAAGAUUCAAAUGCUUUGGAAUAUUGGAACACUUUUAUAGAAAAAUCAGAGGAGGAACAACUGAAAAUAAUCAGAGCUUUUUCUGAUAAGUUCUGUGAUAACAACUUGCAAAGUGUUCAUAAAAGCAAUAAACAUGGAAGGUUAUCCUCGAGAAUCAGACAUACUAUUAAAAUUAAGAAAAACUUGUCCUUAGAGGUUGUUAAAGGUCUCGAAGAAGACUUGAUCAAAUUUUUUAAAACUACGCCUCAAAACAAAUAUAUUAGAUCGCCCCAAACCAGUUUUGAUAGGCUUCUCGUGCAUGCUGCUGCGCAGUACCACAAGUUGAAGUCCAUAAGUGUUUUGGACGAGGAGAAAGGGAAGCGGUCAGUCGAAGUAUACAACACACAUACUGAUUGGACCCCUGCAGAUUAUUUCCUAGCGGAUUUCAUAAAAGAGUUGAGGAGAUAAUAUAUUACUCAACAUUUUUAUGUAAUUUACUUAUUUUAUAUAUAGAGCAUUCAUUGUGUAUGAUUUAUAAAAUUUGGCUUUGUGUGUAUGCACGUUACACAGAUGGGCCUUGUUUAAUCAGCGUCAUUUGUUAAUUAACAUAAGUAACACAUUAUAUUAUAGAGUUGACCAGUAAGUUGAUGCAUAAACCGUGACGUUAAUUUCAAAUCAAAUGUACCUUAAUAUGCAUUAUACAAAACUCAAUGAUUCGAGAUAUUUAAAUUUUUGUGUUUUUUGAGUAAUCUUCGUGUUAUAUAUUUGUUAACGUUUUUAUGUUCUACAUUACAGUAAUACAAGUUAUGUAAUAAAAAUUGUGGCAAAAGUGUUGAUAUAAACAAAAAUAUGAGCUAAAUUGAAAUGAAAAUAUAUUUUCAAAAUUUCGUAACAUUUUAAACGUACAAAUAAAGUGGUUUGUACAAUUAAUGUAAUAGCAAAUUUUAGAGAAGUUACAAUCUAGCGCAUACUUUUAUUAUCCAACUUUUUAGUUUUAAAAAGUAUUGUUUUUUGUUUCCAUGUGUAGGCGAGAUAUAAUGUCAUAUCUUGAUUAUCUUAGUGCUUUGCUUGAUACUGGAUUCAAUGCUGAAAGGGGUGUAGUCCGGAGAGUACUUGUCUCCCACAAUAUCAUUAGGUAAAAAUCUUCAAAAUAUUGUGGUUCAUCUGAUUGCAAAUCAGGUCCACUGUCACGCUCUCAAAGGAAUAUGUUGACUUACCAGUCAGUGAGUAGAUUUUAUUUAUUGCAUAUUACGUUAAAAUAAAAUUGAUAUAAGAAUUUUACUUCUAAAUCCUAUGCAGUGUGACUGCUAGUAUGAGGAUAGACAGAGAAAACAUUUUAGUCUUUUUGUACCCCUUUGUAGGAAUUCAAUUAUUUUUGCGCUAUUUUUAAAAGACCUUUAUUUUUAUCACGUUUCUUUAUUGGUCUAUUAUUAUAAUGUGAUUCUGCACCAGAAAUAAUGUUUUAUAAUCGGAUAAACUCAAAAUGGUCAGAGCUGGAAAAAAUACUUUCAAAAUGUAUUUAAAAUACACAUUACAAAAUACUACUACGAAAGUAUUUUAAAAUACUUAAAAACAAACU